UAUGUGUAACUUGUGCAAUUUCCAUUAAACGUAUUGAGAAACGAUCUCUAUAUAGUUUUGAGCGACAACCCCAAAACCUUCGUAUCACGUAUGCAGUACUUGUGCAAUUUCCAUUAAAAAAAAGAUGUGAACCCUAUAUGAAGAACCGCGAGAAAUGCAUGAAAUGUAGAAAACAUAAAGUUCCAUGUCGAUUUGAACGCACUAAUUGUGAAGAAUAUUUCAUCAAGGAAGACUCAUAUUCGAACCUUCUCUCCCCAAAUUACGUUACCAAUUUUAUUAAAUUUGUCAAUGUUGAUAAUGAGGCCACGAUGAAUUACCUGCAACCACUUGCUGAUCCAGAACCAGGCUCUAUUCGCCAAAUUUAUAAUACUAAUGUUAUUAAUUUUGUUAAUGCCGAUUCUAUUGAUAAUGAGAUCCCGUUGACUUACCAGCAACUGCUUGCCGAUCCUGAUCCCGACCUUCUAGACCAAUUCAAUAAGAGAAAUAAAAGAAAUUCACUUAAACCAAUGGCACCAUAUGUUAUUUUUCGAAAGCAAGUUUCUAGAAGAAUUGGGAAUGUACCUUGUAAUAUGAAUAAUGAGGAGAUUAGCAUGUUGACUUCCAAAUUAUGGAGCAACCUCAGUAAUGAUAAAAAAGAGGCAUACAAAAAUCUCGCAAGCGAAUAUAUUAAUA